UAGGGACAUAGCCAUAUGGCAAAAUUAAACUACAUAAAGUACUCUCCAACGAGUAUCAUCUUCUGUACUACAAAAUAAUUGCAUCGAGUUGGCAGGCUUUCUAUAUCUACCAUGUAAGGCGCUUAAAAAAUGGUGCAAAGCUAGACUAAUUCCCCCUCCUUUCCUUUCUUAAGCUAACUUCCCCAAUCUUCCCUUUAAUUCCCAAACAUACAAUCUUCUUUUUGCCAUUUUUUUCCCAAUCAUUUUCAGUAGAUAUGGUUGGGUCAAGUUUCAUAGUGGGUGUUGUCGGCAACGUCAUCUCAGUUCUGGUUUUUCUUUCUCCAAUUGGGACAUUUUGGAGAAUAAUAAAGCGUCAGUCGACAGAGGAUUUUGAGAGCCUUCCGUACAUUUGCACACUGUUGAAUUCAUCCUUGUGGACUUACUAUGGAAUCACCAAGCCUGGAGGACUCCUUGUCGCCACUGUUAAUGGCUUUGGCAUCCUGGUUGAAGCUGUCUACGUUGUUUUGUUCCUCAUAUAUGCACCAAAAAAGAUGAGGGUCAAGACAGGCAUUCUCGUAGGGAUAUUGGAUGUGGGUUUUCUAGCAGCAGCCAUUGUAGUCACUCAGUUAGCAUUGACAGGAGAAACUCGUAUCGAUGCAAUAGGCUUCAUGUGCGCAGGCCUCAACAUCAUCAUGUAUGGCUCCCCUUUGGCUGCCAUGAAAACAGUGGUGACUACCAAGAGUGUGGAGUACAUGCCAUUCUUCCUCUCCUUUUUCCUUUUCUUGAAUGGAGGAAUCUGGGCUUUCUAUGCUUUGCUCGUGCAAGACUAUUUCCUUGGGAUACCAAAUGGGAUAGGUUUCCUACUAGGAACAGCACAGCUUUUGCUCUAUGCCAUUUACAGAAAUGGAAAGCCAUCAUCAAACAACAUUUCAGAAGGAUUAAUGGAACAAGGAUGGCCAACGGAGCCCCUCAUAUCGCCAUUGCACUAGCCAUAUACUCAUAUCCAUGCAUGCAAACAGAAUGGGAUUUGGGUUGGUUUCCCACUACAACAAAAUGGCUGGAGGAAUGGUACCACCACCAUUGCCCUAUUGUGAGACUAUUUCAGGCUCAAAAAGGAGACAACAACAACAAAAAUGUAAAAAAAAGAAGAAGAAGAAAAAUCUUCAUUCAAAGCAAUAGUAUCAAUCAUAAAUAUUAAAUGGCUUGUCUAUGCUUUAGGUAAAAGAAGUACUAUUAUCAUAGAAUGGAUUUACCUAUAUGACACAGAUUUUUUG